CCCUAAGAGCAGCAGGAACAAGAGUUGAGCACUUGGACAUGGACUCAGAGGAAGACCGGGUGGACUGACAAGAAAAGAGUUGAAGGUCCCUUAGUCCCUCGGAACAGCAAAUAUAGGAGAAGGAAGGGGGAUCGUCGUAAGGUACAUGGCCAUUCCUCAAAUGCUCAAUUCUGACGCCGCCCUCACCAUGGUGAUCGCAGGAGGUGAAGACGAAGGCCCAGUGAAUGGUCAUCAGUCAUUGGUCCAACCAUUUGCACCACAUCUGAGUCGGGUCCUGCGACUGGGAACUGCGAAGCUCGUGGUCUCAGGAGGGGAAGAGAAUUUAGAUGAGAACCAGGGGCUCUCAGUGGUCGCCCAGGCGCAAAGUGAAGACUUCCAGGAGUUCAGUCCAACCAACACUCAGAGUUUCUAUGACAGAGUGCAGUUGUUGAAAAUGUGCAGGGCUGUGCAGUCAUUGGUGCUCAGUGACUCUGAGGAUGAGAAGGACGAACUGCUUUGCCAAAACCUGCAAAGGAAACAUCGAAGGAGGCCAAGAAGUCAGAGAGAGCAGGAGCGCCCCAUAAUCAGGGGCCUUUGGGUGCAGGAGCUGGACUGGCUGAAGUCUUCCUCCAGGGAAAUAUCAACAUCGUAUGACAUCAUCCCCCCUCCUCCUCAGUUCACCGAUUCACUGAGCCAAGAUGAACUGCAGGAAUGUGGAUGCAUCAGUGGAAGUGUGUGUGAGUGCAGUGACACACCAGACUGGAUGUUACCAUCAAAAGAGCCAUGUCCAACGCUCGAUACCGACGACACGUCCAGCAGCUGCAAUCAUUCAGACUCAAACUCAGACCUGGACUCUAUCUGCACUCAUGAGACAGACUCCGACUUCAGCUGCUGUGCUGAGGAGUGCCAACACAAACCACAGAGUUGUGGAGCCAUGUCAAACAUGACCUUUGACCUGAUGAACGUCUCUGGAUCUCAGCUUGGUUCUGAGUUUAGUCCAACAUCUCAGUACAAGGGGAGAACUUUGCAUACAUUGCAUCGUCCUGGAGAUGUGUCUCCUGAUGUGUCGACCCUCACCGCCACCAGUGACAGAGUUCUGGAUGCUCUCAGAGGAAAAGUGACGCGGAUGUCUAGGUUCUUUGCUGCCCCUUUUUUUAAAUAUCUAAAGGCGCAGACCGAUUGGAAGAUUGACAGAAUGUCUAAUGAGGGUUUCAUCUUUUAUCAUCAACUUGAGCCCAAGGGUUGUCAGUACAGGGAGGAAGAGGAGUACCACAUUCUUCAUCACAUACAGAACGGGUCAUAUGGGGAUGUGUUUUGUGUCCAGGACAAAACUACCGGGUUCACAUGCGCAGCCAAGAGGAUUCCAUUGAGUCGUUUCAGUGUGGAGGAAGUGAGGACCUGGAGUCUUCUGGACUCUCCCAGAGUGGUCCAGCUGUUCGGGGCAGUUAGGGAUGGGCUGAACAUCGUUCUCUUCAUGGACCUGAAACCAGUCUGUUUGGGUCAGAUCCUGAAAGAAUUGGACCGCCUGUCUGAAGACUUAGCGCUGCACUACCUCCACCAGUCACUGGGAGCGCUAGAGCACCUGCACCAGAAUGGGGUGCUUCACUUAGAUGUCAAAGUGGACAAUGUGUUGCUGUCGGCUGACUGCAGGGACACAUUCCUGUGUGACUUUGGUCUCUCCGAGGUUUUAGAUGAGGACCAGAGAAGCAGGCAGACUUUCAGAGGUACAGUUCUCCCUGGCACUGAGACUCACAUGGCCCCUGAAGUUGCCAGAGGUGACCAGCUGAGUGCCAAAGCCGACGUCUGGAGCAGCUGCUGCAUGUUAUUGCACAUGCUGAACGGCUACCAGCCCUGGAUAAGUUACUAUUCACCGCCACUUUGUCUCCAUAUUGUCAACGAACCCGCACCUCUGGGUGAGGUUCCUUCCAACUGUAACAACUUCACAGCACAAGUGUUCCGGUCUGGUCUCCAAAAGAAUCCUGAUAAACGAGCAUCUGCCCAGGAGCUGAAGAGGAUGACUACCAAAGCCCUGAGAGCAGUGGGAGGUUUGAGUCCCCUGUCUGUCAGAGCACUUUGUCAGAAAUUCUAUCAAGCUAAACACCAGCGUGACGGCCCAUCCCAUCCAGCAGUUCUCCCCUGUGCUCCCAAAGUCUUGUCUGGUGCACACAGACCAGGGAUGCUCUGGGUGAGUCCCUGGAGAACUACAGCAGUGGAAGAGGACAUCCUGGAUUUCAAGGUUUCUGACUCUGAUCCAAUGUCUGAGAGUCCUUCUCCUGGAUCAGAAUGGGACUCUCGCCCCAAAUCCCUGCAUGACGACUACAUGUUGAACUGGAGUUCAGAUUCAGACCUGGACAUUUACAUGGCUGAUGCAGAAUGUUUGGGCAAGUGUGUCGGAAUGGAUCAGGACUAUGAGGGGGAUUUGGAGGAGGAUGAAGAUGAGGAGGACUGGGAAUCUCCUGAAUCCACAGACUAUCUGAAGAACUUGAAAGAACUCUUCCCUCUCCUGCAGAAGGGACAGCAAAGGAUUGAAAGCCCAGUUGGGUCAGAACCAGAGCUGGAAUACCUCCGACACGAUGUUGAUCCAAGCGCCAAGAUCCUCACCGUCUCCCCCGAACCUAGAGACGACCCUCCGUCCUGCUUCAGUGACACCUCGCCAUUAGACCAGGACUCUGAUCAUUCAUCUGAUGACUUGAGCUCUGGGGUCUUCUCUUCGUGCAACAGUCAAAGUGACACCGUGAGUGAUGACCAGCAGCAGUGGACAGGGCCGAUGCACCAGUCUUCAUUAUAUGGUAGUGAAGGUGUUGACAUCUGUGUUGAGAACAUCGACGGUGAGUGCCUGAGGAUCCGGGAACGCAAACUGGUCAAGGUUGGACACGUUGCAAUUGGGCUCAGUGGUCAGAUCUCAGACAAGCCCUUCACUCUGGAGACCUUGGACAGGAAGUCUCUAUCAUUUGAAGACCAGGUUGACCAGUCUCCAGUGUGGUUCAGUUGUAUUCCAGCUCCUGACCAAUGCCACCACUGGGUCUGGAGGGUCCGGGACGGCAGGCUGGAGCUCAGAGAUUGACCAAAGCCUUUUGAAACCUCCCAUUAUUCUGUCUAUGGUAUCAUAUUUGUUGAACAUGGAGAUGACUGAAAGGAGAACUGUGGACACCUCAUUGUGACCAGGCCUUCUUCCCUCCUGAUCUACACAGAUCCAACAUCAUAAACUCUGUGUUGGAGUGAGGGAUGGGGUACCAUAAUAGUAGUUGAGCCUGCAACUACAAAAGGCACUUGAUCUCUGGUGGUGGAAUUUCAGUCACCUGAAUCCAAAAUAGUUUAUAGGCCUGGAAACCUGAACUCCCGGAGGACAAUGAACUCUAGCAAGGUGUCAGGUGACCCAUCUGGUGCAAUUAGGAGUGUAGUAUUGUACUGAGAGACAUGGUAACGGAGACUCCGCUUGAACCAGUCGCCUUUUAUUUAUCUGAUUCUCAUACUGCUUAUGUACAGGUGCUGAACAAAAUGGGCGGUCAAUCAUGGUGCACUCUAUUUAUUACCGAAGAUCUAUCCUGAAGCUGUGUUUUUUACUUGAAACAUUUUUUAUUAGAAUUAAGAUGCAUUCUUUUUUCUUGUCUUUUUGCAUGUGCAUAGAGAAAAUGGUGCAAACAGGACUGCAUGUCAACAGCACCCCAGCAUUCUCAUCCCACCCCCAAAUAUGAGACCAAGUAAGGGUCAUACUCAACUGCAGAAAGUCUGCAGAAUCGUCAUUGGAUGAUGUUCAAAGGUUCCACUGAAACCUUAAAGAAAUAAAUGUUACCAAGGUGUGCUUUCCAGAAGGAUUUUACAUUGGGGUGCUGAAAACACCUGCAUGAUUCGCUCCUUGCUUUCCCCGUUACGUGAUAAUUCUUUGUUUUAUAAAGUUUUUUUAUAUCUAUACAUCAUA